AUGUCAGAUAACUUCCGGGCGGUUGCAUCAUUCCGGAACAGCUGCUCCGACUACAACCUCACCUUCACCACCAAUUCAACCACACCCAUUGCCUCACGCGGCACGUCUGUCAAGUCCGCUACAUCUCGCCUAGCGCUGUAUUCUGCCGCGCAGCCUUCUGAAGCUCGAACUUUUGGUCGCAACAACAACACGACGCCAGCAUACGCCCGCUGA